AUGUCGCAGUCCGACACCAACCUUUCCGAGCAGCUCGAAGACGAGGAAGUCCAGGAAAUCCUGAAAACAGGCACCGACCUCCGCCAGUACUCACACCAAAUCGAGAAGGAAUUCAAACAAGUGGAAAACAAAUCCAUCGAAGACUACAUCAAGGAGAGCCAAAACAUCGCCAGUUUACACAACCAAAUCGGUGAAUGCGACGAAAUCCUCGAACGUAUGGAGUCCAUGCUAAUGAACUUCCAGAAUGUCCUGAGCAACAUCAGUUCCGAGAUCACAACUCUCCAGAAGAAAUCUGUCCUGAUGUCGGUGCAGCUGACGAAUCGUCAGUCAGUUCGCGCGCAACUUUCACAGUUUAUCGAAGACAUGGCUGUGCCGGAGGAGAUGAUCGCAACAAUCAUGGAAACUCCCGUCACCGAGAAGGAAUUCAUCAACGAGUUGAAUCGGUUGAAUCACAAACUGACGCUCGUGAAAGAGCUGAACUUUAAGGAGUCGAAAAGCGCUCCAGAUGUUAGUGAUGUCCUGAAUAAGCUGAAGAUUAAGGCAAUGUCGAAAAUCAGGACGUACUUGUUGGAACAAACGUACAAAUUUAGGAAACCAAUGACGAAUUAUCAGGUGCCCCAGAAUGCAAUGUUGAAACACAAGUUUUUCUUCGAGUUUAUCUUGUCCAAUGAGAGGCAGGUGGCCCAGGAGAUCUGUAAUGAAUAUAUCGACACAAUGAGCAAGAUAUAUUACAGCUAUUUCAAGAGUUACUCUUCGCGUCUCUCAGCAUUAAAAUUCGAAGAAUCUGUAACAAAAGACGACCUAAUGGGAAUAGAAGACACAGCAUCGCGCGGCCUUUUCACUAAAAACACCUCCCUAAAAAAUAAAAGCACAGUUUUCACUAUUGGCAAUCGUGGAGAUAUCCUUAACCAGCAACUUGAAGCACCAAUUAUUGUACCACAUGCACAGGUUAAAAAUCGGUAUACUUUCGAAGCAUUAUUCCGAUCCGAACAAUACGCUCUAGUCGAUAACGCUUGCAGGGAGUACCUUUUUGUGACAGAAUUCUUCAUGGUGCGGAGCACUCAGGCUCAGGAUCUGUUCAAUCAAAUUUUAGGAAAGACGCUGACUUUAAUGAUUAAAAACCUAGAAACAUUCAUUCAAGAUUGUUAUGAUACGAUCGCUAUGUUCCUCUGCAUUCAGUUGAUUUUCCGAUAUCAGUUGAUGUGUCACAAGCGAUGUGUCCCAGCAUUAGAUAAAUAUUGGGAUUCCUUGCAAUCUGUAAUUUGGCCAAGAUUUGAACAUGUUUUCCGCUUGAAUAUACAAAGCAUCCGAGACUGUGAUCCAACGAAAUUUAACAAAGAGCUUGGUCCGCAUUAUAUCACACGCCGCUACGCUGAAUUCUCAGCUGCAAUCGUCGGAAUCUCAGAACACUUUCCCAACGAACUAGUCAGUCGUCUAUUGCUCGAAUUACAAAACGAAGUGGAAUGCUUCAUCCUACGAAUGGCUGCAAUAUUCCCAUCACGCAAGGAGCAGCUCAUCUACCUUAUCAACAACUACGACUUGGUCUUAGGCAUUCUCAUGGAACACACUCGCGACAAUUCCAAGGAAGCCGAAGCAUUCCGGGAACAACUCUCGGCCCGAAGUAAUGAAUACGUCGAGGAAAUCUUAGCUCCACAAUUCGGUGGAAUAAUACAGUUCGUGAAAGAAUGUGAACAGAUGGUGGACAAGGAUCAAAUGGAUGAACUACGGCGACAGGAACGUCGUAGUUUGCAGUUGGUUGCGAAUUUUUCAGCAAAUUGGAAGAAAGCGUUGGAGGAGUUGAACAGGGAAGUGCUUUUGUCGUUCCCGUCAUUGUUGACCGGAUCGACACUGCUGCAAUUGGCUUUGGCCAGCUUAGUGCAAUAUUAUCAUCGAUUCCAUAAGUUGUUAACGCCUAAUGCGCGAGCGCAAUUAGUGAAUAUUCAUGUGAUAAUGGUGGAGAUUAAGAAAUAUAAGAAUAAUUAUUAGAUUGGCUUAGUGAUAGCAUAGUUUUUUGUUGUAAAUUAUUUGUAAAGUAUAUCGAAUAAAAUAGGGUUA